AUAUAUUGGACUCGGAAGUGACGACAGGUGCCGCUGGCUUCACCUGAGUGAAAAUAAUUUAGGCAACACUAUUGCGUGUCAAACGAGUUAGCUAGGUACAUGGUGGUGAAAUAAUGUGUGUAACACUGGCAGAUAAUAUUAUCUAGACAAAUUACAAUCAGAACACCGUUAGCGAAGACGGUGGUUGCUAGAUAGCAGGAGAACCGAUCCAGAGCAAGUACCCUGUACUUGGCUCGCGUUGACGCAACAGCGCUGUGUGUAGGACUAGCUUUAGCUUGCUAGCUACUAUUUCUGAUGGCGAAAAACACUCUUUCGUCGCGAUUCAGGAAACUCGACAUAGAUGAAUUUGAUGAGAACAAAUUCGUUGAUGACCACGAUGAGGCUGUCGAUAAUCAGGGACCGGACGCCACGGAGAUAGACAACCUCAUCAGGAUAGGAGACACGAUGACAGCUUUUCAGCUUGCUCUGCGGAACCCUCCUCUCAACACUAAGAAUCCAGCAAUAAAGGAAAGGGCUCUGGCAAUAGUGCUGAGAGUGUUGACAUCAUUUAAGUCAAGUGAUAUUGAGCCAGCCGUCAAGUCUCUUGACAGAAGCGGGGUGGACCUGCUUAUGAAGUACAUAUAUAGAGGCUUCGAGAAGCCCUCCGACAAUAGCAGUGCCAUUCUCCUACAGUGGCACGAAAAGGCUUUCGCAGUUGGGGGCUUAGGGUCAAUCGUACGAGUUCUGACGGCCCGAAAGACCGUUUGAAGGGAGGGGCUUUAUCACGUGGAGUGUCUCGGAUGACCACUGGCAAGAGGAGUGACUGCCUUCUGUGGAAGGGAAAGUAGAUUAUCACAAUUUCUUACUGAAAAAACCCUUACACUACAUAAGUUAAAGACAAAACACAAAGGGAACAUUUAUUUUUAGUUUCAAAAUGUAUGGGAUAGCUGUAAUUUAGGAAAGGAUAUGUGUUCAUGUAUAGGAUUAUCAUUUUUACCCUAUCACGAGUUAUUUGGUCGUUCUUUGUUGCAUUUCUGUUCUAAUACCAUUGAGAAGCAUCAGCAUGUUUCUUUGAGGGUGGGGAAAGGAAGGAAAAGAGACAUGAACAUGGCCGGUCAAAGGAAGGGUGUACAUUAAGUGGUACUGUACCUUUAUACCAGUGUGUGUGUGUGUGUGUGACAUUCAGUGUGCUUGCGAGUGUAUGUCUGAUAUGUUAGUGUAGUAUUUCAUUUUUUCUCAUUGUCAUUUUUGUACAGACAGAAGUACAUUUUAAUAUAAAGAGAUUGAGAUUCAAUUAAUUGGUAUGCAGGGUGGGGUAUAUUGAACAAUGGGGGAUUUUGUUGUGAAGUGCCUGCUGCAAUAAAACUGGAAACAAGUGUCCUUGUCAUUUGCCCUCUCUAUGGGAGCCAAAUUUAGUUGUUUUGACCAAUCACAAUCGGAUAUUUUCAGAACUGAUUAGUGGGGAAAAAACAGUUGGGCUGGCUGUAAAGUGCCGUGUUGUAUAUUUAGAAUAGUGGUAGUGAAUUUGGCUGUGGAACCUGUAUUCCUGUUCAGAUUGAACACAACCAAUGCAUGUGUGACGAACUGCUCUUUCCACACUAGGGCUAAUAUUCUUGUGAAUCUACAAACUUUAGUUCCAGAGCAAAAUCAGUCAUCCAAAGAGUAUAAAUUAUUUUUAGUUUGCAUAUUCUACGAGCAGAGUAUUUUCAGGAACCCAGGCUGCCCUAUGCACUUGUGGAGAGGUGUGAGGAUUACAAUAUGGUGAAAAUUCCAUUUAGUCUACCGGAGGGUGAAGUGGAGCUAGAUGAUAACAAGUGCAUAGGGGUCAAUUUGGUAUUGGGUGUUUGCGUGACAAUAGCCCUUAAGUGCAAAAUCAUGUAUAUUUGUGAACUGUCAAUUUCAGGGUAGGACAUCAGGAGGCAAAUUUGGUGUAAAAGGUUAAAUUUGAUUAAAUGUGUGAAGUUGUGUUAGCGGUAAACAAGAGGAAACAAAUUAAUGAAAGCUGCCUCCUAUGCUUAACCAGAAACAUCAAGCUCCAAAUUACAUCUCACAGCCACCCAGGGGUGUCUAAUUUUAACAGAUACAUAGACAUAACUACCAUUGUCACAUCAACAACAUGUCUACAUAAAACCCUUCGAGAAAUAUAUCAGCUAAACUGAAUUAUGCUGUCAGCAUCAACUGGAGGACUUUUAUAUUUAGUUUUUCUUGAGCAAGAAGAAACUGGUAUAAAUCAUCUCUGUGCCCAUCGUUGACUAGUGGCAUAUAAUAAAUGCUAUGGAACAAGAUGUGGUUUACCAUGUAGCUGUUUAGCACGAAAUAUCAUGCUAAGUGGGGGACAUUGACUUAGGGCUCCAUUCAAGCCGUAUUGCGUAAGUUCAGCGCUACAGCCUGAUUUAAAAGCAAUCUACGUUAGCGGAGAGCGCAUUCACGGUAAACACUGCAUACAGUAUGUCGGCUCAAUCAAAAAUGACCUGUACGUUGCUAUUGUGCAAUCUAACACUUCAGUGAUACAGAUCAAAUAGAGUUCUCACAUUGGUUUUGGUUAGAAAACUUUAACCUUUACACUCCCGGGUUCUGGAACACAUUGCAAAUUAAAAUCAGUUAACAUUUCCGUGGUGUUUGUAAAUGAAUUCAUUAUCCGAAACAAAAUUUCAGUCCAAAAGUAUCUUGCCUAUGCCUACUGUAUUGUUGAUUUGAUGUAUUAAAUAAAAUGUUUCAUUGCU